UCAACUGGUCGGUGACGUCAGCUGAGUAUAUAACGGGGCUGGAGUUCAAGAGGACCACGAAAACAAGUUAGUGAAGCUUUGGUCUCAAUGCACCCACCGGCCACCGGAGUUGGUCCAACAAGAGAAAAACACGCCAACGUCAACAAACUCGAUGUUAUGACGCAGAUUUAGGAACUUUCCGCUGACUGUUUCCUGACCGAAACGAAUUUAGGAUUUUUAAAAGCAACGAGGUUUUUUAUCAUCCUUUCCAAGUAUCGGUGAUGCCCGCUGGUAUGUUUAGCAUCGACAGUAUCCUGGCCGGGAGACCUACUUGCAAGGACUCAGUGCUCCUCCAUCGGAAUGCCCCGGUGGUGUUCUCGAACCUCACGGAUUCCAUCUACACCGCUGCCGAUUAUAAUGGACUCUACUCGCACACUACUGGAUCUUCUCCAUCGGCCAUCGAGGCGGUGAACGGGACUAGAAUAGGAUAUAAUAACUAUUAUUAUGGACAAAUGCAUGUGCAGGGCCCCAGUGGCCCUGCUUGCUGCAGCGCUAUCCCAGCCCUCGGCUCGCAACAGUGCCCGUGUAUUCCAACCGGUUAUGACCGCACGGGCUCCGUGCUCAUCUCUCCCAUCCCGCACCAGAUGAUGUCCUAUAUGAACGUGGGCACCUUGUCUCGGACGGAGCUCCAGCUCCUGAACCAGCUCCACUGCCGACGCAAGAGGAGGCACCGGACUAUCUUCACCGACGAGCAGCUCGAGGCCCUGGAAAAUCUAUUUCAGGAGACCAAGUACCCUGACGUCGGCACACGGGAACAGCUCGCGCGAAGAGUGCACCUACGGGAAGAGAAGGUCGAGGUGUGGUUCAAAAACAGACGAGCGAAAUGGAGAAGACAGAAAAGGUCGUCCUCGGAAGAGUCUGAAAACUCGCAGAAAUGGAACAAAUCGAUGAAAACACUCGCAGAGAAAACCGAGGAAAACAAAAGUGACGUGGAUUCGGACAGCUGAUAGGUAGAAUAUUAACACAAAACAAUAGAACGGUUGUAUAGGUUGCAUAGUGUAUGGGUGGAUGCGCAAAUAGGCUACAUACUCGAUUGGGACUUCUUGUACAUAGUGUAAAUGUGAUGUGGACUGAAGUAAUGAACUAUUUUGCCAUGAUGUUGCACAGUUGUAUAGUAAAUAUUACUUUUAUUAUUGCAAUGGGGUAAGCUAUUUAUAUUUAAUUUAAAGUUGUUGUUAUGCAUAACGUCCCGAAGAUGUGGUGAGCAAGGAGCCUUGAUCCGUUUUCUGGCGUGUGUUAAUACUUCGCGAGCUGACAUGACAUCUCAUAUUUGAGUGGUGUAUUCAUCAUCACGAUUUACCGCAAAUAAUAUUUUGAAACUACAUCAAUGGGGAGAAUAUAUUUCAUAGAGUUAAACAUAAAUCACACUUAAUAUGAAACAGCGUUUUGUCACCUUUAUAAGAUAAAAGGACAAGGCUAUAUUUGUCAACUCAUAACCAUACAGACGUGUUUGGGGAUUUGACUAAAUUGAUUUGUCAAUAUGUUGCAAUGAAUGAUAAUUACAGGAACAAUGAAUAUACAUUAAAUCAUAUCUGAAUCCUCUCUAUUUCCUUUGUCACCUUUCACAUUUGUUCAUC